AUGGUAGCAACUACUUGUUUCAACAGCUCUGCGUUUCAGAACUCACACCUGUGCCAAUUUUUCUUGAUACACCGCCCGCAUCGUCAUGGGAGACGAUAAUCUAUCUGUGCACGAAGCUCGACGGACUCCCACUAUGCCAUCGAAGCUAAAGGAACGAAUAUCCUCUCGACACAUUCUUCCUCGCGCUCAGGAACAUUCUACUACCCUUCUGGAGGAUACCCUUUCGUAUCUUUCUUUGUGCUCAUAUGGAGCCUUUUCUUUCUCUAUCAACUACCUUAUCACAGACGCGCUACUUUUCCUUUUGCAUUCCAGGCCCUUCGCUCUCUGUUUGUUCGUUCAGGUGUUUUAUGGCCUCAUGCUGGUCAUGGUGUCAUCGGCCAUCUGGUUUUUAUGAAUCAUGGCCAUUCUUUUUGUUCAGACAGAUACUCUCUUUAUUGGCCACCUGGGCUUCGAUACGCUUCUUCGAGGCCACUCCGAACUGUCUCGCAUACAUCAUAAUCUCGUCAGACAGUUCACGCUGACGGACAUGCUACUAGUAGAACUAACUUCGACAGGCCAUACAUGCCCAAUGCACUAAUCUGUGAUCAUGGGCAUUCAUGAAUAUGUCGAAUUCGCCUAUCAUCAGCUCUCUGGGCUCGAACACACCACUUCCACUUUCCUUGGUCCAUAGAACAGCCCCAUUCCGUCACAAGCCAUGUCAGCUUCCAUAGAUC